AUGGCUAAAAGAGUAGAAUUUGAUCUUAACACCGAAGAUCUUUCGGAACGUCGUCGUGCUACGACUUACACAGGUAUGUUUUGUUUUUGUGAUGUGUCAUAAAUUUUCUCCAAUAAAUUAUUAUUAUAAUUCAAAUAUUCUCUAUUUUAGUCGAUGAAGAUGGUGUUCCAAACGAGGUUGCUGAUUAUUUGGCAUAUUUCGCAAGAAUGAUCGAAGAACAAAAUGUUCCUGAAAUCUUGACUCUUUAUGAUCAAGCUUUCCCUGAUCUUACUGAACGAUUUUUCCGCGAGAAGAUGUGGCCUGAUGAGACUGUUGUUGAGAGAAUAAUUGGACCAGGAAACAAAAUCUUCAUCAUUCUCUACAAAGAAUUGUACUAUCGUCAAUUGUACGCAAGAAAUGCUAGAGGCCCACUCCUUGUUCAUAGAUAUGAAUCGUUCAUGAACUAUCAAGAGCUUUUCUCCGAACUUCUUUCAAGCAAAGAUCCACUUCCAAUCAGCUUGCCAAAUAUCUGGAUUUGGGAUAUCAUUGAUGAAUUCGUUUAUCAAUUCCAGGCUUUCUGUUUGUACAAAGCCAAUCCAGGAAAGAGAAGUGCUGAUGAAGUCGAUGAAUUGAUUAACAUUGAAGAGAAUCAAAAUGCAUGGAAUAUCUAUCCAGUUUUGAAUAUUUUAUAUUCUCUUCUCUCAAAGAGUCAAAUCAACGAACAAUUGCAAGCAUUGAGAGAAAAAAGUAAGUUUUCCCGUUGGUGUAUUCAAAGAAAUGCAUUUCAUGACAUAAAAGUAAAUAGGAAUGAAAUGAAAUCCGAUAAUUUUUCUGUCAAUAUAUCAGUCAUUUAUCACGUGAUCCUGGAUCUUUCUACUUAGAAAUGUUAUUAUCUUUUCAUUCUCAGGAAAAAUCAACAGAAAUAGUGAAAAUGCUAGACGGAAGAGAUGAUUAAAUGUUUUUCAGGAAACCCAGACUCAGUCUCUGAUGAAUUUGGACAAUCUGAUCUUUACUUCAAACUCGGAUACUUCGCACUCAUCGGUCUUUUGAGAACUCACGUUCUUUUGGGAGAUUAUCAUCAAGCUUUGAAGACUGUUCAAUACGUUGAUAUUGAUCCAAAAGGAAUCUACAACACAGUUCCAACAUGUCUUGUUACUCUUCAUUAUUUUGUCGGAUUCUCGCAUUUGAUGAUGAGAAAUUAUGGAGAAGCUACUAAAUUGUUUGUUAACUGUCUUCUCUACAUCCAAAGAACCAAGAGUAUCCAAACACAACAACCAGCAAAGAAAAACUUCCAAUACGAUGUCGUAAGUUUUAUAAGAUUCUAAAAAUAUUUGCAUAACAUCUGUUUUUAUUUUCAGAUCGGAAAAACAUGGGAUCAAUUGUUCUAUCUUCUCGGAAUUUGUCUUGCUGUUCAACCACAAAGAAUUGACGAAAGCAUCGCUUCUCAGCUCUCGGAACGUUGUGGAGAAAGAAUUAUGCAUAUGGCAAAUGGAAAUAUCGAUGAAUUCAGAAACGCCUUUUCCACCGGAUGCCCAAAAUUCUUGUCACCAACAACAGUCGUUUAUGAAGGAACAAAUCAAUCAAAAGAACCACUUCUCAGACAACUUCAAUCUUUCCUCGAAGGAAUUGAAUCGCAAAUGGCAUUACCGGUUUUGAGAGGUUAUUUGAAGUUGUACACAACAUUGCCAACCAAGAAACUCGCAUCUUUCAUGGAUGUUGAUAAUGAUCAUUAUGAUUCAUUCCUUGGAAAAUUGUUGACAUAUAAAGUAAGCUUUUUCGAAGAAUUUUCAUCUAAUUAAAAUAUUGUUUCAGAUGAUCGUAAAUGAAUUGGGUAAAGAUGGAGUUCUUGCUAACAACGAUGAUGACGAACCACAAACUGAUAUUGAUUUCUACGUGGAUCGCGACAUGAUUUGCAUUGCUGACACAAAAGUUGCCCGACACGUUGGUGAACAUUUCAUUCGACACAUUCAAAAGUUACACGAAGUUCAACAAGUGUUAGCUCGAUUGGAAAACAAAGCCUAA